CUCACUUUGUUUACCCAAAUGUCGAACUGGCCACCUGGGUUCAUUUACCCUUUGAGCACUGAAAGUGCACCACUCCAAAACACGCAGAAUAUCAGGGGACUUUUCCUCCGACAUGACCAGGUGAGUGUUGUUAGUGUUAUUUGUGGAAAAUAUUUCUUGUAACUGCUGUUCUCAUGUGUCAUUUUUGCCCAGUGGGUGCUGUGUUUUUGUCCUUCUUUCCCUCCUCCACAUCUCGUUGAGUGUGGAAAUGACAGGAUUAUAUGGCAGCUUCACCUCCCCCAAUUUCCCCCAGCCUUACCCUGACAACCAGCACAUAGUGUGGAACAUCACUGUCCCUGAUGGCCACAGGGUUAAGUUGUACUUCAGGCACUUUAGCAUGGAGCCCUCAAACCACUGUGAAUAUGACUAUGUUCAGGUACACACUGCACUUCAGUUGAACAGAGUCUGUUGAAGUCUAACCCUGCUCACUCAAAGACCUUUGACCUUUCAAACCAGGUUCUGGCAGAGGGGAAUGAAACUUUGCGGUUCUGUGGUGAGGAGGAGAAGAACUAUGAAAGCAGCCCGGGGAACACGGUCAUCCUGUCAGCCAGGAACCUCAUGUCAGUCAUCUUUAGGAGCGACUACUCAAAUGAGGGCCGAUUUACCGGCUUCCAGGCAUUUUACACAUCAGAAGGUAAUGCAGAAGAGUGACACACACUGAUGAAGGGAAGACCCGUUUUUUGCUGCUGUAAUAACAACAUGCAGCAAGCAAGUGAUGGAGUUUUAUCACCGCUUAGCUGUGUCUGAUAAGAAAAGACAGGGUAAUAAUACAAACAAAGAUAAUAACAGUGUUUUAAAGCUCUUAUGAGCAGUUUUCUGACAUUUAUUAAAUUGAAUAAAAUUCAAAUUGAUGCCUUUACAUGAUAUCCAAAAGCAAACUGCCUGAAACUGGUGCGGGGAGUAGGCGUCAAUCAAAGAAAAAGACUAAUGAUACAAAAACCGCUUCAAGUAUUCACAAUCUAUGAUACAUUUGACUUUCAGCUGUCAGCAGAAUGAGAUUUUUUGACGAAGAGGCUAAGUGAGUUGGAAUAUUUUCUGUUUAGUUUUUAAUUUUGAGUUGAAUUUGACUCUUUUGUUGAAUUAACAUUCAAAAUACAGGUGAAAUUGGUUUUGUUUGAUUUGAUUUGGUACAGUUGUCUACUACACUGUUGCAAGCCUAUUUAGACCCUAUCUACACGUACAUAGGUGUUGUGAAAACAGUUUUCCUGUCUUCAGUUUUGGGUCACUGGUAUAUCUUUGAAAAUGCCUUUCAAGAGGAAGGUUGCUCAAAACUGUUAUGUAUGUAUUCGUACUGACAGCAAAAACAAUAGUUUUGGAAACUGAUGCCGUCACCUCAACCUGCAACUGUUUUUGUGUGUGUAUGUGUGUGUAUUGUGCAUACACUAAAAGUUGUGCCACCAGUUUACAUAUGUUGCAUAAUGUUAGGUUUAAUUACACCUCAUCAUUAUACCAUUUGCCAAAGGGGACACAAUAGCCACACAGAGCGGUUUUCAUGGAAAAAGAAAAAGCUGUUUCUUUAGUUUGCUGAGACUAGAAAAUAUUAGUCUUGUAGCUGAUAGUCUUGUUUGCUUUUGAAGGUCAUAAAAAGGCCUCAGUUCCAGAUUUAGACUGUUUCUCAACUAGUUAAAAUCUCCUCAAAGUGCCUUCAUGAAAAACAAAAACAUAUCAGUUUCAAAACCUUAAUAUCAUAUUACUGCUGACAGCCCUGAUCCUAAUUGUUUGACUCAUUGUUUAUUUUCUGUCAACUGAUGGCACAUUUUUGUGUCCCAAGUGUUGAGAAAAACUAGGUUAGUUUGCGAAACUUGCGAUUAAUGCAGAGAAAUAACUGAAUAAAAUCCCAUAUGUUUCCUUUUUUUAUUUAUUACAUUUUAUUAAGAAAAUUCACCCAACCUUUUUUGUUUUUAGUUAAUGUAAAAAGAGCAUUGGUUUGUGUUUCCCUCUCUAAUCUUAUGCUCUGUGAUAGAUAUCAACGAGUGCCUCACCAAAUUAGAUGGGGAGAAUAUUUGUGAUCACUUCUGUCACAAUUACAUUGGUGGAUUUUACUGCACCUGCAAACGGGGAUUCCUCCUUCAUGACAACAACAGAUCCUGCACAGGUUAGUGCCAAACAGACAAAGCUUCAGAGGCAUACUCAUCACUGUAAGUCAAAGAUUGUGUAAAAGCUUGAGUGUGUAUGAAGGUCUCCAUAGAUACCCACUGAGCAAUAGAUGGCUAUUAGAGUUAGUUUCUUUUAAGACCUAAUUUCAACCAUCUAGAUUCUGUAUAUUUGUAGACGGAAUUUAGACGUUGCACUUUAACCCAUUACUCAAUAACUUUUUAUUUCAAAAAGCAACUGUGAGUUGCAUAACUGAUCUCCAAGUGCUUAACCAAAAUAAUUAUGAUAGCCAUUAAGCAAUAUACAGUGUAGUAUAGAUAUAGCUCGGAUUUAGACUUGGUCUAAAAUUUAGACGUCUAAAAAACUCUGAAAAACCCAUUUUUAGACCUGUGGUAGCCUGAUUUUAGACAAGCCAUCUAGGCUACUUUUAGACGUCUAUUAGACCUCAUUUAGACCAAAAAAUGCUCAUUGGGUAUGGUAUGUCACAGACUAAACUGCAGCUAAGUUCCUCAGACACAACAGAUGCUGGGGAAAACUAAGUGAGACAUUAUUGAUGAGCACUUGUUCCGCUCUCUUUGAUGGGGGGAUUUUUUUUCUUGACAUUUUAAUAUCAAAGCAUGUUUUUGAUGAUUUACCAUCAUAGCAGUCACAUCUUUCUCUGAGUGUCAUGCGAGGUUUGGUUGGUGUUUAAAAAAGAAAAAAACAAUAAGAAACUGCUUUGUCGGACCUUGUCACCAAGUUGGAUGAAAAGGAGAUUAAAGUGCGGGGUUGUAAACUUGUAACGACAACAUUGUUAAUAGAACAAAAGGGCAUUCGUCUUUCAAAGUGUUCUCCGUACUUCACAGCUCUGCAGAACAAAUCUUCAAAAAACUACUUCCCGACAUUUCUGGCUGGGCACAAAGUUGAAUGUGCUGUAGAUUGGAUUUCAUUCUAUCAUGGCUGGCUUGUGCUGACUAAUUUCAGACUGAAAAGCCAUACUGAUGCAGGAAGUAGUUGAUCUCUGCCAGCUGGAGUAAGGCAGGGUUAAUUACUGUCGAUUCCUGAGGGAAAAGCAACUUCAAAAAUGACAUAAUAAAUUGAUACCUGCGUGCAGCACUAACAGUGUUCUGACACAGGGUAAUUAAUCACAAUUAACAGUUGAUGUGCCUUAAAUUAUUAGACUUUGCCAGAGGAAAAAAGGGUGACAAAACAAAUCGUGAAAUGAAAAGGCACAAAUGAUUAUCUGCCUACAGAUUGUACUAAUUAUAUGAAUUACAGCGACUCAACCUCUUUGUAAUACUCAUUUGUUUUGAUCUGGAACAACAUCUGCACAUUUGCCACGACAGAAAUGCAAACCAAAAUUAAUCAUGUUGUUUAUGAUUCCAGGAAAUGUGUCAAUAGAAAUGAAAAGCUAUUCCAUUAGAUUUUAAAACUUUCUCAUAACAAAUCUUACAUAACCUUUCUUCAAAUAGGAUCAUAAUAUGUUCAUUCAUGUGUUUGUGUGUCUUUCCAAUAGUGCCAUGCCAGAACCAGGUGUUGACAUCACUGUCAGGCGUUCUGACCAGUCCAGGCUACCCGAAUCCUUACCCACCCAUGAGUGAGUGCGACCACACCAUCCGUCUGCCAGAGGGCUACAGAAUAGUUUUGGACUUCCUGGAACCUUUUGACAUUGAGGGACACCCAGCUGCCCCGUGUCCAUAUGAUAUGCUUAAGGUUAGUCAUGUGGUUGCAGACCACAACAUGCAUAAACACAGGAAGGGGACAAAGCAAUGUAUUCCUGCUCAUGCUUGUGGAGGCAGUUUGUCUCCCACUUGUCCAGCUCAAGUGAUUAACUGUUUGGCCCUGCCGCGCCCUGCAUAUGUCCGUUUGUCUGGGCAUAAAUCAGUCAGGUAUUAAGUAAAUCAUCACCUCGGUUCCUUAUGUGUUGUUUCUUUUUGUUAAGAUUUCAACAGCAGGGCAGGAGUACGGACCAUACUGUGGAUCGAUGACACCCGGUCGUAUUGACACAGGAAGUUACCAGGUUCAUUUGGCCUUCAGAUCAGACACCAGCGGGAAAAACAAGGGAUGGAAGAUCAAGUACACAAGUACAAGGACUGGAACCAGCUCUUUGUGAUAAUAAAAGUAACUUGAGUUAUCUCGGUAUGACAUUUUGAAACAAUUUAUACAAAGAUAAAUGAUUUUUUAUUGACAUGAUUCAUUUUUGUUUUUUAUUGUUUGUUUUUGAGAUGCUGCAGAAACUAUUUACUUGUGCAAAUAAAGGCAGAGCAAAUGGGAUACUUUCAAUUAUAGAUUGCAGCAGUCUGAGCUACCCAUAGAGUACCUUUGCAUGAUUUUUAGCUAAUAAAAAGACUUAUUCACCUUGGCAUCCAACACUUUCAUUUCAGAACUCUUCAGCCUCUGCCUGAAACAUUAGGUUUUAGAGGCUUUGAUUUAAAGGUAGACACAGCCUGGGUGUUACUUUUCACACAGCAUUUUUGCUGUAAGAGAACCAAAAGUUAUGCCUUCAUAGUAUAUUCAAAGAUGUAUAUGUUAGCUCCUCAUGACAGCUUAGCAUUGACACUUGUUAUAUUAUCAGCUAUUAUUAUGAGGUAGCUGUGGCUCAGUGGUAGAGUUGGUCACCUCCUAGUCAGAAGGUGGUGGGGGGUUAAAAAACAUGCUGUGCACAUGCCAAAGUGCAAAGCGUUGCUGGGCUGCGCCUAGUAGUGUGUGACUGGAAUUAGUCAAAAACUGAUGGGCUGCCAUAUGGCUGCUACAUAACAAGCCUUAUCAGUGAAGUGAUUAGCACAAAAGCUAUGUUGUGGUUGUUGUUGUCUUUAAACAAAAACAAAAACACAAACAAACAAAAAUUCAUUUCCACAAGACCCUGUAUAAGCAACUUUCAGAAACACACUGAAUCACAGUGAAAGAAAGUGGGUUUGUUAAAAUGGGCUUUUCAGGUGAAUGAAAUUUUAAAGAGCUUGCAGGUGAGUGUGUCCUUCAUCAUUAUCCUAAUAAGCAGAGCCUGACAUCAGGUUUGGACCAUAGACUGUAUAUACUAUGGACAACUUGUCUCCGUGUUCCAUCAUUAUUAGAAUUUGACACAAAUUGCUGUUGGUAUUUCAACAUUGCACAGGAGCAUUGUACGCAUUUGGCCGGCGAGUCGCUGUGAUGACGCUCGGCUCAAACAACGUAUCCCCUGGGUGAGCUACGUAAUCUUCGUACACCCAUAGCCUGUAUUAAGUGUCAAACAUAGAAAACAUGAACCCCCUUAUAACUUUUAAAAAUGGAGCUGCACAGGAAAAAGAGGACUUGAGCACAAACCAGUCUUAAAGUAACUACAUGUCAACAUCGCAACCAGCGGGGAGAAAAAUUUAUAUUCUGUGUGAUUAAUUUCUAAAGUUUGUCCACAGCUCUAUAGGGAAUACUGGAGGAGGCAGGAUUUAUGACCUAUACUGCAGCCCGUCACCAGCGGGUGCUGUUCUCAGGGUGGCUUCACCCAGUGAGGAGGCAGACAGCGUCCAUUCUAUAUACAGUCUAUGGUUUGGACCAAGAGUUGCAAACUUAUUAAACAUUGCUGAAAUCCACAGCACAGAGAUCCAACAUUUUGUAUGUGUAUAAAAAUACAAAUCAGCAUAAUAGGUCUCCUUUAAUAAAAAAAGUGUGAAUAUAACCAUUUGUGCUCACAGAGAUAUUUUAAUUUAAAAUAAUUUUUAAAGUUCUGCAGCUGUUUUUUCUUUCACAGUGGACUAAAAGGGCUGGCAGUCUGUGUGAACUAAUUCGAUAAAGUAGUUUGUGAGUCAGUCGUCUGGCCUCAGAGGCAGUGAAUGCUUGUCGUUUAACCCUCAUACAUUAUGCAGCUUGUUCUCAGCAGCUCCAGCUCCACUUCUCUAUCUAAACAGUCAUUAUGUGGUUCUUCAGUUGCACAAAAUUGCCUCUCAUUUGACACUUUUGCAUUUCCUCAUUAACAUUUCUUCCAUCUGUGGCCCUCAAGUGGAGCAAAAGUGCACGUCUGGAUGUAAAAAGGAAAGCCACUUGCGUUGAUUUACGUUUCUUUUGCCUCAGUGUUUGACUUUUUUGUCUUGUCUCAUGAAAGAGAUCACACCACGCCACUUUUCUGUGAACUCCUGAACUUUUUAUAACCUCAUCAUAUUACCUUUGGUUGAACUGCUAUUUUCUGUUUUCUUCAAAGGCUUCAACUUCGCAAAGCAAGGGGUGCACUGACCCAUGCACCACCUUGGCAUUUGUGAACCUAUCUUGACAAGCAUUCUAAGAAAGCCAUCUGACCACAUGGGAUAUGGUUUGUUUACGGCAUGAAAUGCUCAGACAGUCCUCAGGGCAACCUAGUGCUUAGAAGGCAAACCUGCACUCACACUUAACUGAAAUCUAAUCCACCAGCUGCUGUGACACAUGGUAGUACCUUCCACUGCUCCUGUACACCACUCACCUCAAACAGCACUGCCUGGACAAUACCACAGGAAUUACGCACGCCAUGAAACCCAUUAGGCAACAGUUGGAGGACAUCUAUCCACAGCAUGCAGCCAGUAGGCUUACUGAAAAUCGCUAUCUGUGACAAUGAUGUGCCCUGGGCACUGUGAUUGUACUUGAAGAAAUUUUCAAGGAGAAAACCUGUCAAUAAAAAUUUUUUUUAUGACCAUA